CUCUACAGUACCAUCCGUAUACAUACUCCGAGCCAGACCGGUUGACUCUUGCCUAAGCCUCUUCUUCCAAAGCUCCUGGUUUAUCAGUCACGUAAAGGGCACUAAAUGGACACAGCACGCGCAUUCAUAAUUUCAGAACCUAAAUCGCGGAAACGAACGUUUGAACGUCAAUUCUUAGCAGUGUUUCGAUCAUUGCUGGCACAGUCUUCAAGUCAUCAUCCAAAAUCUGGGAUCCUUACUUACGGUUACAACUCAAUGCCUCGCUGUCUUCGCGUUUUUAAGUUGCGCAUGACUCAUCAAAUCAUAGACGCCUUUGCAGCCCUUGUGAUUGGGUUAAAAGCAAAGUUCGAGCCAACCUCCCAAUUCUGAAAGCCCUUCCCGGAUUCCGAGUCUUUCUCCAUCAGUGCUACAGCGUAUCUUCCGACACUGUCUGGCAGAUGUCUACUCGUCUUUUCGCUGUCAUUGUCGGUAUCGACCAAUACAAGUCCGGCGAUACGUGGGAUUUACAGUCCUGCGUCGACGAUGCAAAACGAGUGCGCCGUUGGCUCAGAGACGACCUUGCCGUUCCCCGGGAGCACAUAUCUAUGCUGCUUGACGAACACGCUACCAAGCAGAAGAUCGAGGCUGAGCUUUCAAAUCACCUCUUGAAUAAUGACGCCGUUGAGCCUGGUGACGCUGUUCUGAUCUAUUUUGCAUGUCAUGGCAGCUCGAUGAAGGCACCCUCUGACUGGACAACGUCCAAGCUCGGGAGAACCAGCGUCGAGAUACUCUGCACUUAUGACCACGAUACAAAACAUUCAGAAGGAAGAGUAGCUGGCAUUUCUGCACGGGAUAUGCAUUCCUUUCUCCAAACGCUGUCUUCAGUUAAGGGAGACAACAUCACCCUCAUCAUUGAUUCAUGUUUUUCUUGCCCUAAAUCCACCUCCUGCGACCGUCAGUCCACUCGCUGGACAUCAACACACAAAGCGACGUCGAGCGACCUGGCCGUUGGCUCGUUUGCGGUUGUGGAGGGUAGUCCCAACCUCGCCUUUCAUAAUCCCCGAUGCACCACUCAUACUGUCAUCAAUGCCUCUGGGGCUGGCGGAAGUGCCAUCGAAGGCAAAGACGGGGGUAAAUUCACCACAAUUUUCCUCCAGACUGUGCGCUCGAUGCACCUUCAUAACACCCCUUUGCAGUCUCUGAUCGCACGAAUUAGUCACGUUAUUGGGGAGGGCCAGCACCCUCAGUGCUCUGGUAAACGCGCAAGCCUGAUGUUAUUCGGUGGCAUUCCUUUCGUUCAAGAUGGUCGAUUCAUUCCAGUACAGUAUCAAAUUGAAAAGGGCUUCAAAAUCGAAAUAGGCUCUCAGCAUGGCGUGGUGAAAGGCGGCGAAUUCUCCCUUCAUCUUCACAACUACAUCGGCUCGCAGAACCCUGCUGUUGCGACUGUUGUAGUACAUGAUAUCUAUCCCACGUGGUGUACUGGAAAAUCAAAGGUACAUUACCCGCUCACCACCUUACCGAAGAGGUGUUGGGCUUUGUUGAGUGACCGUCCUAUUGUUGGAUCGCUUCUCAGAAAGAGCUGUACAGCUUUGCUCCAUCGGAUUUGGAUACAGCAACAUCGGCACGAUGGCGCGAGUCAGGAGAGAAAGGGCAUGUCCCGGGCGGUUAGCUAUGAGGACAUGGGUUUCGUGCCGGCCCAAAAUUUCAGGAUAGGUUUCCCGAGCAAGAAAGCUGGUUCUUUUCCGAGGUCUACAAAGCUCCCUGAACUCACUCCAGUUCAAGCGGCUGCUGCUUGA